GAGACAAGCUCUUAGAGCACGCCAGGAGGCCAGUGCACUUAUCCGUAAAGAAAUACAAUGUCGCUCCUGCUGCCGUGAACGCCGCGCUCAACCAAACCUAAACCGGCUGUAUCGAUAAAAAAAAAAGUUAACUUUGCUCCUGCGCCGCGCCGCGCCGCUCGGGGGAGGGGAGUUCAGGAUAUACAGAUAGCGUACAGUAGCAUACAGUUAUGGGCGCCUGUUAUUCUUAUGAAUGGCUCCCCGAAUGGUCUUAAAAAGCCCUCCUCCGAUUAUUCUGCAAAAUACAGAAGGAUCAGCGCUGUUCUAUGCCAGUAUAUUACACGGUGAUGGAAGACAAAGAGCAGAGAAUAUCCGAGUCCCAGAUUCCCCCGUGCGCAGAGCAAACACAUUCUCUCUCAGUAGUGCUGAGCGUCGAGGAGGAAGCGACGGAAAUGCGGAGCGACUGGGCUCUCAGUGCAGCAGAAGAGGGCGGGGUGGCGAAUGGCUGCAGCCCGGAGCAGAGGGAAGAGGGCGUGGCCAGCACCAGCUACUGGAGCGUGAGCGAGGGCCCGGACACGCCCCUGCUGCUGUCGCCCGUCCCGGGGCCGGCGCGGGGGAAGGCGGGGAAGCGGGCGUCGCGGGCGGGCAGCAGCCGGAUCCCGGGCCGGGACCACCGGCGGUACUACCAUGAGUACUGGCGCGGGGAGUUCCUGAUGGACUUCGACGCGGAGCGGCACCGCAUGCUGUGCAUGGUGUGCGGCAGCUCGCUGGCCACGCUCAAGCUCAGCACCAUCAAGCGCCACAUCCAGCAGAAGCACCCGCAGUCUCUGCUGUGGAGCUCCGCCGAAAAGGAGGCCAUCCGCGCCGGCUGGGACUCGCACCUCCGCCUGCAGGGGGCGCCCAGCCCCGACCGCACGCCCGCCGCCGCGGGGCAGGGCCAGGAGGGGGUGCCCGACUCCGCGUACCUCUCCACAGGUGAGAAUGCGUGUUCAGUCAUUCCCGCCUCUUCCCCCACUUCCCCUGAGGUUUGGGAGCCCCCCGGCCCCCCCAGCUCACCCGGCCCCCCCGUGCAGACGCUGGAGCGCUACCUGAACGACUCGUUCCACGCCUGGUUCCGGCAGGAGGUGCUGAUGGAGUACCGCGGGGAGGAGGGCCGGCUGAUCUGCAUGGUGUGCGGCCGGCAGCUGCCCUCCCUGCACCUGGACCACAUCAAGAGUCACGUCCUGCAGCUGCACCCCGUCUCCCUGCUGUACAGCGCCGAGGAGAGACACCACAUCCUGCACACCUGGGCACAGAGGCAAGAAUCCACCGCUCAGGGGAAGGAUACAUCCAUCAAAUCUGAGGCGGAGCCACACGAAGGAGAGGCCAGCUCUGUUGCCGGGACCCUCAGAGGGAGUGGGCGUGGCCCCGGUGAGGGUGGGGGUGCCCAGCGUCCGACCCGGGGCAGAAUCCCCCGGGCCCGGUUUCCACGACGAUGGCAGCUGGAUUACCUGGUGGCGCGGUGCCCAGGGCGUCGGGGCGCGGUGUGCAUGGUGUGCUCCCAGCCGCUGCCCGUCGCCACCGUCAGCGCCUUCCGCCGCCACGUCCGGCAGCAGCACCCCGACAGCGCCUCACUGAGCCGCGCCGAGCGCCGUGCGCUGGCCGACGCCUGGGGGGCGGGGCCAAGUGGGGCAGGGGCAGGCACAGCGGAGGCGGGGUCAGGCACAGCGGAGGUGGGACCAGGUGCGGCAGAAGCGGGGCCAGGCAUGAUGGAGGCGGGGCUAGGUGUGACUGAGGCGGGGUCAGGCACAACAAGCCAACAGCAGGAAGGGGGUGUUAAAGUGGAGCAGGUGGACGGUAGCCCCGCCUCUGAGGCCGCACCCAGGGUGGGAGAGGCCGCUGUGGGGCGGCUCGGGCGGCACCUGAGGAGGGACCAGCGGCGUAACUACCAGGCGCGCUGGCGCACGGACUUCCUGAUGGACUACGACCCGCGACGGCGUGGGCUCGUCUGCAUGGUGUGUGGGGCAACGCUGGCUACCCUGAAGGUCAGCACCAUCAAACGGCACAUCCAGCAGGUGCACCCCGACUCGCUGGCCUUCAACGCCGAGCAGCGGGACGAGGCGCUGUCCCGAUACACCCACAGAGCGCUGUCGGACCCGCCCUCCGCGCUCAGCGGGCACAGCGGGCCGGGCCAGCGGACGCGUUAA